AUGUCUUUUCCAGAAAAACCAGAUUUUUUUGACUUGAAUGAAUUAGAAUGUCGACUACUAGCACCAAGGAUUGCUUUUCAAAAGCUAAUGCAAGCUCCUCGAGGUAGACAGUUAAAAAUACAUGGUAAUAUUGUAAAUGUCCCUGCAGAUGUAACUCAUACAGUAAACAUUUUACCACGAUUACAGAGCCAAACUGCUACCAUUAAAGUCAAUUUAAAGAGAAAACUCCAGUAUAAAAGUUCAGCAUUAUCUUUAAAUAUAAGACCACAUAARGUUGUACAAGCAGCAAAAUGGUUUGUGACAAAUAGUAGUUUAUACAGAGAUGAAGGGAUAGUAUUUAAUGAUGAUUGGAUCAACAAAUACAGUAUAGAAACUCUACAAUCUGAUAAUGAAGACAAUAAUGAUAGCUUGCCAUCACAAUCAGAUGAAAAUAUCAAUGUCUCCAGUAAUGUCACUGGUGUGAAUGUAGAUGAUAAUGAUGAAUUUAAUGAAGACAAGGUGGAAUUACCAGCAGGUGUAACUGAUACCAUGUUAACUGCAACUGACUUUUUAGAAGAUAAUGAACGACAGAAUAUUCUUAAUAUUGCUCCAGGUGAAGGAAAAAUAUCUGACUGGUUUUACCGUGUAGAAUACCAACAAAGAGGAUCUCCCCAUAUUCACAUGUUAGUAUGGCUUGAAGGGGCUCCACAGUUUCAAGUAGACAGUGAUGCACAAGUUACUACAUUCAUUGAUAAAAUUAUUUCAUGUCAAAAACCAGUAGAUGAUCCAGAACUAUUGAAUCUUGUUAAUAGACAGAUACAUAGACAUUCACAUACAUGCCGUAAAAAUACAAGCAGUCCAUGUAGGUUCAACUAUCCACAACCUCCAUUGAGACAAACAAUGAUAAUUCAUCCUCUAGACAAAGAAACACCAGACAGUGAAACUAAAAUGCAUAAAGAUAAUUGGAAAUCUAUCAAAACCUAUUUGAAUGACCUCAAGGAAGAUGAASAUAUUUCAAUUGAUCAAUUAUUACUUAAUUUGAAUAUUACUGAGGAAAACUAUUUACUUGCUAUAGGAUCAUCUCUAAAUACUCCUACAGYAUUUUUGAGAAGAAGUCCUAAUGAGGUUCGURUAAACAAUUAUAACCCUGCUUGUCUUAGUGCAUGGAGAGCUAACAUGGACAUACAGUUUGUAUUARAUGUGUAUGCMUGUGCUGUAUAUAUAGUCAAUUACAUAUCAAAAGGUCAAAAAGGUAUGAGUGAACUAUUGCGACAAGCUUGUACUGAAGCUAGAGAAGGUAAUAAUAACAUAAAACAACAAGUUAGAGAUAUAGGAAGUAAGUUUCUUAAUAAUGUUGAAAUAAGUGCACAAGAAGCAGUGUAUAUUGUCCUACAAUUACCCAUGAGAAAAUCAUCCAGGCAAAUUAUAUUCAUAAACACUUCACCCCCAGAUGAGAGGGUGGAGCUUCUAAAGCCAAUAGAUGAUAUAAAAAAUAUGGAAKAUAACUGUGAAGAAAUCUAUACUAGCGGUUUGCUAAAAAGAUAUUGUAAACGUCAAAAAAAACAUGAAAAUUUGACACUAGCAGACUGGGCUGCAUGGUAUGAUAAUUGCAACAUYAAACCAUAUGCAAAACAAACCAAUGAUGUAGACAUUGAUGGCCUUCCAUUGGAAACAUUUAUUGAUGACAAUCAAAAUGAUGAUGAUGAAUGUUSAAGCACAUCCAUGCCUAAGACAAAAAAAAGAACUAAAGCUAGAAUAAUAAGAAGUGUAUGGUUUAACGUUCAAACUGAACCAGAAAAACAUUAUCGUGAACUCUUAAUGCUGUUUACUUCAUGGAGAAAUGAGGAGACUGACUUACUAGGAAAUUUUUCAUCGUAUCAGGAUCGAUUUAUGUCAGUCUCCAAUAUAAUCAAGGAACAAAUGAAGCAAUAUGCUGUUUGCAAUGAAGACUUUAAUGAAAUGCAGCAGGAAAUGAGUAGAAUAGAGGAUAGGUAUGAUGAAAUAGCACCUUKUACACAAAGUAUUGAACAACAAGACCAAGCUGAAGGUGAUCAGGACUUACAUCCUGAUUUUACUGGAAACUAUAAUCUAUCAGAUGAUUUAGGAAUUCCCUCAGUUGAUAAUACAGAACCACUCACAAUGAAUGAACUACCAGAUGAUGAAUAUAGACGUAUGGUACAAACAUUAAAUAAAGAACAAAAAGAAUUCUUUUAUCAUGUUUUGCAUUUGAUAAAGACAUCAGAUGAUCCAUUUUACUGUUUCCUAAGUGGUGGUGCAGGAGUAGGUAAAUCACAUGUCACUAAAGCAUUGUAUCAGGCUGCAUUGAAAUAUUAUAACACCAGACCAGGUAUUAACUUCAAUGAAGUUAAACUUUUAAUGCUAGCACCUACAGGGAAAGCAGCAUAYAAUAUAAAGGGMAACACUAUCCAUAGUGCAUUAGCAAUACCAGCAUGUCAGUCAUUAAAGAGGUAUAAGAGCCUUGAUUCAAGUAGAAUGAACACAAUAAGAUGCCAACUUGGUAGGAUUAAACUUAUAUUCAUUGAUGAAAUAUCAAUGGUAGGCAAUACAAUGUUCAAUGUUCAAAUAUAUAAUAGACUCAAAGAUAUCAAAGGUAGCUCACUACCAUUUGGUGGUGUUAGUAGGAGAUUUCUAUAG